AUGGCGGACGAACCAGGUCAACCUCCCGCGCUUACCACGCUGAGCCUCGCUGAGAAAGCGCCUGCCCCUAAGGCUGUAGGCCAGGUCGUCACUCCUUUCGACGUGUCUGGUGGUGUUGACGAGUCUGGCAAGUUGCUGCCCGUCGACUAUGACAAACUUGUUCGCGAAUUUGGAGCGACCCCUCUCACUCCCGAGUUGCUCGAGCGCUUCGAGAAAGUAACGGGUCACCGUCCACACCGUUUCAUGCGCCGCGGUAUCGUCUUCAGCCACCGCGAGCUUGGCAAGAUUCUGGACCGCCAUGAGAAAGGCCAGCCCUUCUAUCUCUAUACUGGACGUGGUCCCAGUAGUGACAGCAUGCACGUUGGGCACACUGUUCCAUUUGAGUUUACCAAGUGGCUGCAAGAUGUGUUUGACGUCCCCCUCGUUAUCAUGAUGACCGAUGACGAAAAAUACAUGCACUCGCAGAAGAUCGAGGUGGAGGAUGCUAAGCGCUUCACCAAAGCCAACGUGACGGAUAUCAUCGCAGUCGGAUUUGACAUGAAAAAGACCUUCAUCUUCAGCGACUUUGACUUCGUUGGCGGUGCCUUCUAUGAGAACAUUUGCAGAAUGGCUAAGCGGAUCACAAUCAACCAGGUGCGAGGCACCUUUGGUUUCAAUGACAGCAACAACAUCGGAGAAUUCCAUUUUUGUGCCACCCAGUCUGCCACUGCAUUUGCGACCAGUUUCCCCCACAUCUUUGGCAAUGACCGCAAGAAGGUCUCGUCUAUUCCCUGCUUGAUUCCCUGCGCUAUUGACCAGGAUCCUUACUUCCGCCAAUGUCGUGAACACGCUGAGAAGAUGAAGUACAAGAAGCCUUCUCUGAUCCAUGCAAUCUUCUUGCCUGCUCUUCAAGGUCCUGGCUCCAAAAUGUCUGCAAGUGUGGAAACUUCUGCUAUCUACAUGAGCGACACGCCGAAUAAGAUUAAGAACAAGAUCAACAAGUAUGCGUUCUCUGGCGGCCAAGAGACCACUGAGCUGCACCGCGAGCUUGGUGGUAACACCAAGGUCGAUGUUCCCUUCCAGUAUCUCACCUUCUUCCUCGAAGAUGACGCUGAGUUGGAGCGCAUUCGCGUUGCUUAUGAGAAGGGUGAGAUGCUCACGGGAGAGCUGAAGCAACUCUGCAUCGCUGAGUUGCAGAAAUACGUGAAGGAGUUCCAAGAUCGUCGCGCUAAGGUCACGGACGAGAUUUUGGCUGAGUACAUGCGUCCUCGUCCCCUGGAGUGGAAGGGUAACCCCAAUCCAGUAGUUGCCGAGAAAAAAUAA